GCGGCGAUCUGGACGAGGCGCGCCUGAUGCUGCGCGCGGCCGACCCCGACCCGGGCGCCGAGCUCGACCCUGCUGCCCCGCCGCCCGCCCGCGCAGUGCUGGACUCCACCAACGCCGACGGCAUCAGCGCUCUGCACCAGGCCUGCAUCGACGAGAACCUGGACGUGGUGCGCUUCCUGGUGGAGCAGGGUGCCACGGUGAACCAGGCGGAUAACGAGGGCUGGACACCCCUGCACGUGGCCGCCUCCUGUGGUUACCUGGACAUCGCCAGGUACCUACUGAGCCACGGGGCCAACAUCGCGGCGGUGAACAGUGAUGGGGACCUGCCCCUGGACCUGGCCGAGUCUGACGCCGUGGAGGGGCUACUGAAGGUGGAGAUUGCCCGCCGAGGUGUGGAUGUGGAAGCAGCCAAACGGGCCGAGGAGGAGUUGCUGCUUCACGACACAAGGUGCUGGCUGAACGGGGGCGCCAUGCCAGAGGCCCGGCACCCCCGCACGGGGGCCUCUGCCCUGCACGUGGCCGCUGCCAAGGGCUACAUCGAAGUGAUGAGGCUGCUCCUUCAGGCCGGCUACGACCCAGAGCUGCGGGACGGGGAUGGCUGGACGCCCCUGCACGCCGCAGCCCACUGGGGCGUGGAGGACGCCUGCCGCCUGCUGGCGGAGCACGGCGGGGGCAUGGACUCGCUGACGCACGCGGGGCAGCGUCCCUGUGAUCUAGCGGAUGAGGAGGUGCUGAGCCUGCUGGAGGAGCUGGCCCGGAAGCAGGAGGACCUUCGGAAUCAAAAGGAAGAAGCCUCCCAGAGCAGGGGCCAGGAGCCCCAGGGGCCCUCCAGCAGCAAACACCGAAGGAGCUCUGUAUGUCGUCUGAGCAGCCGUGAGAAGAUCUCCCUCCAGGACCUGUCCAAGGAGCGCCGGCCUGGUGGGGCAGGGGGGCCCCCAAUCCGGGACGAGGAUGAGGGAGAAGAAGCCCCUUCAGAGCCACCCCCUGCAGAAUCCAGAACCCUCAACGGGGUCUCCUCCCCGCCACCUUCUAGCCCUAGGAGCCCCAUGACCCCCGACGAGGCCCCCUUCUCCACGCGCUUUGGCCUCCAGAAGACAGGGAGCUCUGGGGCCCUAGGUCCUGCGGAGAGGCGGGGCGCCGAGGGUGCCUCGGGGGCUGGGCUGCAGCGCUCCGCCUCCUCCUCCCGGCUGGAAGGGACCUCCACUCAGGCCAGGGAGCCCCGUCUUGCCAGAAUUACCCCCACCCCCUCCUGGAAGGUGCCAGAGUCCUCUGCCCCGUCUGAGACCUCCAGGCCUCCUCCCUUGGAUAACUCCACCCCUCCCUCCAGGAUUGCGGAGCCUGACUCCCCAGUGAAGCCAAAUGUCCCCGUAGCUUCUGCAGCGCCCCCCGCGGACUCCCGGGACCGCCGGAGGUCCUACCAGAUGCCUGUGCGGGAUGAGGAGUCUGAAUCUCAGCGGAAAGCUCGCUCUCGCCUCAUGCGCCAGUCUCGGAGGUCCACACAGGGUGUGACUCUGACAGACCUUAAAGAAGCAGAGAAGGCUGCAGGAAAGUCCCCAGAGCCAGAGAAGUCGUGCCUGCAAAGCCUGGACCCUUCCCAGCGACCCCGAGUCCCUGGGGUCGAGAACUCUGAUGGCCCUGCCCAGAGAGCAGAGGCGCCCGACGGCCAAGGGCAAGGACCACAGGCCUCCAAGGAGCACCGCAGAGUCCGCGGGGAGCGGCGGGGACCUGCGGAGGGGGAGGAGGCGGAGCCGGCGCGUGCAGACCGCAGCCCAGGAUCCUCCAGCACUCCCGAGGGCGGCCCCUCUUCCCGCAGGCAGCGGGACCUCAACCCAGAACCAGAGCCAGAGUCAGAAGAGCCUGAUGGAGGCUUCAGGAAGCUGUAUGCAGAGCUGCGCAGUGAGAACGAACGACUUCGCGAGGCCCUGACCGAGACCACACUGCAGCUGGCGCAGCUCAAGGUGGAGCUGGAGCGUGCCACGCAGAGACAGGAGCGAUUUGCAGAGAGGCCCGCCCUUCUGGAGCUGGAGAGAUUCGAGCGCAGGGCCCUGGAGCGGAAGGCAGCGGAGCUGGAGGAGGAGCUGAAGGCCCUGUCCGACCUCCGGGCUGACAACCAGCGACUCAAGGAUGAGAACGCAGCCCUGAUUCGCGUCAUCAGCAAACUCUCCAAGUGACUCUGGAAGAGGCCCUUCCCCCGCACCCAUAUUUAUACAGCUGCUUCUGCCACAUGCACCCCUUCCUUUGCGUGAACACGAGUGACAGGGCUCCCGGGGAGUCUCUGAGAAGCCAUAACCUCCCUUCGGGACCUCCAGACUGGGAGGGGAGUACAGAGUCCCCAGGAGCCAAGGGGGGCCAUCCGAGGCCAGGAUGGAGGCGGAGGCCGAGCCAGGUAGGGGGACGUCGCUGAGGGGGGACUGGGGCUGGAGGCGGGACCAGGAAGGAACCGAGGACCAAGAAGCGCCAGGACCAGAGUGGCCGCCGAGAGGUCCCCCCUCACGUGUGAUGCCACCCUCAUCACCCCUCCCACUCCUGAACAGGGAUCCGAGAAUGUGCCAAUAGCCCCUCCGGCCUCGGCCAGGUGGGCCUGUAUAUAGGGUCCGUGUGCAAUAGGGAGGGCUGUCUUCUAUUUUUUGCUGCCCCCUCGUGGCCCACUGUCUGGGGCAGGGGGAGAAGGUAUUUUCGAGAUAAAGCACAGGCACCACAAAUAAAAGUCGUGAAGUUGCCACUCAGUGGCUGCGUCCUUGGCUG